AUGCCCCUGUGGAGUGUGACGCUAGGCAAACAUGUGGAAGUAGUGAAGUUGGAUUUGCUUUUAGUUGUUCGUUUUGUGUUUGGAUUUUUGGAGGUUCGAACUCAUUUGGGUGGCUUGAGUCCAAAUAAAGACUACUAUGUUAGUGGUAAUCCCACUUCCUCGUCUACACCUUCAACUUCUGCCGCUUAUCGACAGAGGGAAACUGAAACAGACUACUUCUCCGACUUUACAGCUAUGAGUCCGGCUGUUGUCAUACCUCCUGGGAGCGAGAACGAGGGGGCUUCUUGGUCUGUGCCUCAUGCAAACGCGACUUCCUCACCUACUUAUCGUAUGCAACAUCAGCAGCAAUCAUCAACUGACGACUUUACGUACGACAAUCUUCCCCAUGUUGGCGCAUCGCCUUGUCCCCAAAACGACUCCUCAGAAAUUCCUACCCGUUCUUCUAACUUCCUCAAUUUCCUUUCACCAAAUUCUCGGCAAGACAGAAGAACCACUACUGUUGAAGAGAGUGAUCUAGAUCGAACUCUCACUAACCUGUCCCCACCUGAACCAUGUUCCCUGACAACAGCUGAACCACCACCAAGUGCUGUCUCUAGCAAGCAACCGUUACAUGUGUAUAUUAGUGAAGAGGAGCAUUUAGCUUCUCAGAGGGAGGCGCUUCAUGAUGCACUAAGUACUCCUACCGGCGAAGCUGAUGGCUACGAUCAGAGCCAUUCUUCAAGCGGAACUGUAUCGUCAAAUACAGGAUCUUCAAAAGGUAUCAAAGUUGGUCCAUCUUCUGCUGGCAGUACUCAGGGUUUUUAG